CUUAUCUUUAAAAAUGUGUAAACUUUAAAACUACGUCAGUGAAAUAAUUGUUUAUUUUUUCUCAAGUACCCAUCUUUUAAUUAGAUAUAUUAUUUAUUUGAUUCAUUCAACAGAAAAUAAAUUUAAGACACAUCAUGGAGUUCAAUGCAUCUGAACAUCCUCAUAAGAGGUACAAUCCAUUAAAAGGAGAAUGGAUUUUGGUUUCUCCUCACCGAAUGAAAAGACCUUGGGAUGGACAAACAGAAUCUGUGCAUAAUGACAUGGGUCCAGAAUUUGAUCCUACCAACCCACUUUGUCCUGGAGUAGUCAGGAGUAGUGGUAUUUUGACUCCAGAUUAUAAGUCUACGUAUGUUUUUACAAAUGACUUUCCAGCCAUGUUAGAGGAUACACCAUCACCUCCCCAAAGUGAUGAUCCUUUGUUUCAAAUCGAAGGAGUUAAAGGGACAUGUCGUGUUAUGUGUUUUUAUCCCAAAUCCAAUGUAACUAUUGCUCUCAUGUCUAUAAAUGAUAUAGUAACUGUGAUUUCAAGUUGGAUACAGCAAUUAGAAGAAUUAGGAAAAAUCUAUUCUUGGGUGCAAAUUUUUGAAAAUAAAGGUACUAUGAUGGGUUGUUCUAAUCAUCAUCCUCAUUGCCAAAUAUGGGCUUGUUCGUUUUUACCAAAUGAACCACGAAUAAAAGAUAUGCAUCAGAGAGAAUACCUGGAAAAGCAUGGAAGACCAAUGCUGAUGGAUUAUGUUAAUCGCGAAUUAAAAGCAAAAAUAAGAAUUGUUAUUGAAAACCAACAUUGGGUUGUUUUGGUGCCAUUUUGGGCUAUAUGGCCAUAUGAGACCAUGGUAUUACCUAAAAGACAUAUAAAAAGGAUGAAUGAAAUUACAGAACACGAAAAAACGACUUUGGCAUCAGUAAUGAAAAUAUUGACAAUAAAAUAUGAUAACAUGUUCAAAACAUCAUUUCCAUAUUCAAUGGGUUGGCAUGGAGCACCAACUGGACCAAAUUGUGAAAAUAAUGAGCAUUGGGUAUUCCACGGGAUUUAUUUACCACCGUUAUUACGUUCAGCAACAGUGAAAAAAUUCAUAGCCGGAUUUGAAUUGUUGGCCCAAUACCAAAGAGAUUUAACUGCAGAACAAGCUGCGGAACGAUUAAGGUCACAAUCAGAUGUUCACUAUUUGCAAUAAAAUCAAAUAAACAUACUUAGUUCAAGUGUAAAACUUAAAGGGAUUUUUUUUAUUACCAAAAUAUUUGCCAUAUGAUUACAAUAUAGUUUAUUACAAUAUUUUA